UUAACAAACAAGUUAGUAUAAAAAUUUAGGAACAAAAUUAAUGCAUGCAAGUCCCGGGAUAUGCAAGAAAAUAAAAUAAAUGGAAAGCGUAAAUUAAAAGAAAAAGUAGGAGAUACUCCCUAUUAUGGGAUAUCCUUCGAGUUCGAAGGAUAUUCGCGGAUCCUCUCGUCUCCCAUAAGCUUUACCUACAAAAUAAAAACACUUAAAAAAAAGUUAGUAUAAAAUUUAGGAACAAAAUUAAUGCAUGCAAGUCCCGGGAUAUGCAAGAAAAUAAAUUAAAUGGAAAGCGUAAAUUAAAAGAAAAAGUAGGAGAUACUCCCUAUGAUGGGAUAUCCUUCGAGUUCGAAGGAUAUUCGCGGAUCCUCUCGUCUCCCAUAAGCUUUACCUACAAAAUAAAAACCCUUAAAAAACAAGUUAGUAUAAAAUUUAGGAACAAAGUUGAUGCAUGCAAGUCCCGGGAUAUGCAAGAAAAUAAAAUAAAUGGAAAGCGUAAAUUAAAAGAAAAAGUAGGAGAUACUCCCUAUGAUGGGAUAUCCUUCGAGUUCGAAGGAUAUUCGCGGAUCCUCUCGUCUCCCAUAAGCUUUACCUACAAAAUAAAAACACUUAAAAAACAAGUUAGUAUAAAAUUUAGGAACAAAAUUGAUGCAUGCAAGUCCCGGGAUAUGCAAGAAAAUAAAACAUAUGAAAAGCGUAAAUUAAAAGAAAAAGUAAGAGAUACUCCCUAUUAUGGGAUAUCCUUCGAGUUCGAAGGAUAUUCGCCGAUCCUCUCGUCUCCCAUAAGCUUUACCUACAAAAUAAAAACACUUAAAAAACAAGUUAGUAUAAAAUUUAGGAACAAAAUUGAUGCAUGCAAGUCCCGGGAUAUGCAAGAAAAUAAAACAUAUGAAAAGCGUAAAUUAAAAGAAAAAGUAAGAGAUACUCCCUAUUAUGGGAUAUCCUUCGAGUUCGAAGGAUAUUCGCCGAUCCUCUCGUCUCCUAUCCUCUCGUCUCCCAUAAGCUUUACCUACAAAAUAAAAACACUUAAAAAACAAGUUAGUAUAAAAUUUAGGAACAAAAUUGAUGCAUGCAAGUCCCGGGAUAUGCAAGAAAAUAAAACAUAUGAAAAGCGUAAAUUAAAAGAAAAAGUAAGAGAUACUCCCUAUUAUGGGAUAUCCUUCGAGUUCGAAGGAUAUUCGCCGAUCCUCUCGUCUCCCAUCCUCUCGUCUCCCAUAAGCUUUACCUACAAAAUAAAAACACUUAAAAAACAAGUUAGUAUAAAAUUUAGGAACAAAAUUAAUGCAUGCAAGUCCCGGGAUAUGCAAGAAAAUAAAUUAAAUGGAAAGCGUAAAUUAAAAGAAAAAGUAGGAGAUACUCCCUAUGAUGGGAUAUCCUUCGAGUUCGAAGGAUAUUCGCGGAUCCUCUCGUCUCCCAUAAGCUUUACCUACAAAAUAAAAACCCUUAAAAAACAAGUUAGUAUAAAAUUUAGGAACAAAGUUGAUGCAUGCAAGUCCCGGGAUAUGCAAGAAAAUAAAAUAAAUGGAAAGCGUAAAUUAAAAGAAAAAGUAGGAGAUACUCCCUAUGAUGGGAUAUCCUUCGAGUUCGAAGGAUAUUCGCGGAUCCUCUCGUCUCCCAUAAGCUUUACCUACAAAAUAAAAACACUUAAAAAACAAGUUAGUAUAAAAUUUAGGAACAAAAUUGAUGCAUGCAAGUCCCGGGAUAUGCAAGAAAAUAAAACAUAUGAAAAGCGUAAAUUAAAAGAAAAAGUAAGAGAUACUCCCUAUUAUGGGAUAUCCUUCGAGUUCGAAGGAUAUUCGCCGAUCCUUUCGUCUCCCAUAAGCUUUACCUACAAAAUAAAAACACUUAAAAAACAAGUUAGUAUAAAAUUUAGGAACAAAAUUGAUGCAUGCAAGUCCCGGGAUAUGCAAGAAAAUAAAACAUAUGAAAAGCGUAAAUUAAAAGAAAAAGUAAGAGAUACUCCCUAUUAUGGGAUAUCCUUCGAGUUCGAAGGAUAUUCGCCGAUCCUCUCGUCUCCUAUCCUCUCGUCUCCCAUAAGCUUUACCUACAAAAUAAAAACACUUAAAAAACAAGUUAGUAUAAAAUUUAGGAACAAAAUUGAUGCAUGCAAGUCCCGGGAUAUGCAAGAAAAUAAAACAUAUGAAAAGCGUAAAUUAAAAGAAAAAGUAAGAGAUACUCCCUAUUAUGGGAUAUCCUUCGAGUUCGAAGGAUAUUCGCCGAUCCUCUCGUCUCCCAUCCUCUCGUCUCCCAUAAGCUUUACCUACAAAAUAAAAACACUUAAAAAACAAGUUAGUAUAAAAUUUAGGAACAAAAUUAAUGCAUGCAAGUCCCGGGAUAUGCAAGAAAAUAAAAUAAAUGGAAAGCGUAAAUUAAAAGAAAAAGUAGGAGAUACUCCCUGUUAUGGGAUAUCCUUCGAGUUCGAAGGAUAUUCGCCGAUCCUCUCGUCUCCCAUCCUCUCGUCUCCAAUAAGCUUUACCUACAAAAUAAAAACACUUAAAAAACAAGUUAGUAUAAAAUUUAGGAACAAAAUUAAUGCAUGCAAGUCCCGGGAUAUGCAAGAAAAUAAAAUAAAUUUAAAGCGUAAAUUAAAAGAAAAAGUAGGAGAUACUCCCUGUUAUGGGAUAUCCUUCGAGUUCGAAGGAUAUUCGCCGAUCCUCUCGUCUCCCAUAAGCUUUACCUACAAAAUAAAAACACUUAAAAAACAAGUUAGUAUAAAAUUUAGGAACAAAAUUAAUGCAUGCAAGUCCCGGGAUAUGCAAGAAAAUAAAAUAAAUUGAAAGCGUAAAUUAAAAGAAAAAGUAGGAGAUACUCCCUGUUAUGGGAUAUCCUUCGAGUUCGAAGGAUAUUCGCCGAUCCUCUCGUCUCCCAUCCUCUCGUCUCCAAUAAGCUUUACCUACAAAAUAAAAACACUUAAAAAACAAGUUAGUAUAAAAUUUAGGAACAAAAUUAAUGCAUGCAAGUCCCGGGAUAUGCAAGAAAAUAAAAUAAAUUUAAAGCGUAAAUUAAAAGAAAAAGUAGGUGAUACUCCCUAUUAUGGGAUAUCCUUUGAGUUCGAAGGAUAUUCGCCGAUCCUCUCGUCUCCCAUAAGCUUUACCUACAAAAUAAAAACACUUAAAAAACAAGUUAGUAUAAAAUUUAGGAACAAAAUUAAUGCAUGCAAGUCCCGGGAUAUGCAAGAAAAUAAAAUAAAUUUAAAGCGUAAAUUAAAAGAAAAAGUAGGAGAUACUCCCUGUUAUGGGAUAUCCUUCGAGUUCGAAGGAUAUUCGCCGAUCCUCUCGUCUCCCAUAAGCUUUACCUACAAAAUAAAAACACUUAAAAAACAAGUUAGUAUAAAAUUUAGGAACAAAAUUAAUGCAUGCAAGUCCCGGGAUAUGCAAGAAAAUAAAAUAAAUGGAAAGCGUAAAUUAAAAGAAAAAGUAGGAGAUACUCCCUAUGAUGGGAUAUCCUUCGAGUUCGAAGGAUAUUCGCCGAUCCUCUCGUCUCCCAUAAGCUUUACCUACAAAAUAAAAACACUUAAAAAACAAGUUAGUAUAAAAUUUAGGAACAAAAUUAAUGCAUGCAAGUCCCGGGAUAUGCAAGAAAAUAAAAUAAAUUUAAAGCGUAAAUUAAAAGAAAAGGUAGGAGACACUCCCUGUUAUAGGAUAUCCUUCGAGUUCGAAGGAUAUUCGCGGAUCCUCGCGUUACCUUGUGCAUCUAAUAGCCUAGAACAUAAUGAACAAUAAUAUAUCAACAAGUUGAAGAAUAAUAAUACCGAAUAACUUAAGAAAUUACAUGAUUUCAAAUGAGGUAUGUAUGGUCUAAUUAGUCAAUCAAGAUAAACAAACUUUCAUAUUAAAAUCUUGAGUAAUAUAUUAAAUCACAAAAAGAAGAGAUUGAAAUUCAAAUUACCAUUUAUGGUUUCCGGAACAGCCAAAGCAGCUUCUUGAUCUUAAAACAGGAAGGAU